AUGGCAAUAGAGAAAUCAAAAGAUAUUAUUUCUGGAAUUGAUGAUCUUAAAAAUGGAAGAAUACCAUUUAAUCCUAUUGGAAUUAGUGAAGGUACAGCUGCUGAAGAUUAUCAUUUAAGAAAAAUAUCUGAAGGAACUCUUAAUUACCAUCGAUUAAUAUCAGAAAAAGUUAUAUAUGACAGUCUACUUGCAUAUAUUAUUGACGCAUAUUUUGUGGAUAGUGGUACCGCUGAAUAUUUCACAAAUAAUAUAUAUUGUAAUUCAACUUUAAUUGGAAAUGAUUAUAUGCACAAGAUUUAUAUUUAA